AGACGCCCCAUCAAACCGUCACUGACGCAGGAUGAUGACCACGUUGUACCUUUCCGACCUCUUGAGCGGCUUCUUUAGAACUGUGAGUGUACAUUUUAUCAUUUUGCUUAUUGUAGUAUUCUUCAAUGGUGAAAAUUUAUUCAUAGGGGUUUCGACGAAUUCUUUUUUUAAAAGUAUUAACAGCCUUUGUAGUUCUAACAGCACGCGGCCGCCCCGAUCUUUUCUGUUCUUCGACAGGCGGGGUGUUGUUGUAUCUGUUGAUAGUACGACAUACGAACAUACGGCUGAUACCAAACUUUUGAAGUGUCUGGAAUAUAGUCGACGCGACGGCUCCAUGCCCACUUUGUGCAAGGCGAUCACUAGAAUCAUAUUUUCAUGAACAUCCCAUUCCAUAUUUUAAUUUUAUAAUGAACACGAAAAAAUAUGUGAAAUAGCUCAAAAUUGAAAAAAGUUUUAUAAUAAGUAAUAUACGUGUUCCAAAUUUAAAAUAAUUAUAAAAUUUGACAAAAAAAGAAAAAUUUUUAUGGAACAGUAUUUAUGGCCAGACUAAGAUACAAGAUACGUAUUUUCUAAAUACUUUUUAAGAUAAAGAUACUUUUUGGAAGAUAGCAUAUUAUUAUUGGUUUUAAGGUUUAUUUAAGUGAGUAAAUUGUAUUACAAAUUACAAUGCAAUACAUUUUUCUUAGUUUAAAGAAUUGGUUUUGUUAAAGUCCGAAUUUCAUUAAAUUCGUCCGUUCCGCUCGAAUUGGAGCGCCCGUCUGGGGAAGUAACCUCCACCUUACAGAAGACCACAAUAAAAUAACACUACCUUUUGGUGGUGUUAUAUUUAUUUCGGUGAGUAAGAUUCCAAGGCUCCACGAGAUAGGGGAUUGGGUCAGGGUAGGAUUUAAACAUUAAAAAAAUAUAAAUUCCACGAUCAGAAGGUCUCAGUAGCAAAACGUCCAGCAGACGUUUAUUGAUUUAUCAUAAAAAUCAAUUAGAACGCUUAGGUAGGUCAUUACUUAAUCCGAUAAAAACAAUUGCUAUAAAUGCGACAAUAUUGUUACAAAAUUAUAAAUUGUAAGAUUAUAAAAUUGAAAUCUUAAUUCUGAAAGCGCUGUUAACAGAAGGUUCAUAGGUUUAAAAUAUUGCCUGCACGACACGCGAGGGCAAGAAACGAGUCUGCAGCGUAACCAACUAUGCAUUUCAUUAUAACAAACAUUUUUCAUAGCAAGUUUUAAAACUUAAUUACCUAUAAAUUCUUUAAAUUAACAAACAUUGAUUUGGAGACUAUCAAAGUACCCUUAGCAUAGGAUUACUACUUAAAAUUUGAAAAGUCUUGACAAAAUUUCGAUUAAAGUACGGACAUUUUAGUCACAAAAUGCAAACAUCACCUACUUAGUUACAGUGAUAUUAUACGCGUGGUAGCAGACGCUCGCAUCGCGAAGGGAGACCCCCUUGUAUAUGUUAUAUAUUGUUGAUUUUUAAAGAUAAAUUAUAUUUUGUUUUAAAUUAUUACACUUAUUUGAUAUAACGUAAUAAGUAGUUUUACUCAUAUACCUUCUAAUAAAAAAACCCGGACUAAGUAGUAAAAUUUACAUAAAAUCAUGUCGCUAACAAUACAAUGAAUUAGAUAAUUUCAAAUUUAAUAAUUGUCCACUCGUAUUUUGGUUGCUGUGUCAUUCAGUAUAAAUAUUGCUUACAACCCUGCUCUCCAAUUCCUCAAUGCUCUUAGACAAGAAACCCUUUGGCAAGAUCGCAAAUACAAAAAACUUGUAAUUAGAAGAAAGUUCUACAAAGCAUGAAACAUAAUGAGAAAGCUCUUAUAUAUAGAAUCCUACAACCGUGGUUAAAAGAUGGCUUACUCUUGAGCAACGGUUUAAAGUGGCAGCAGCGGCGCAAAAUCCUCACACCGUCUUUCCACUUCAAUAUCCUUAAGCAGUUCUUGGUCACGUUGGAGGAGAACAGCGCUCGUUUGGUGAAGGACCUGGAGGGCAAAGUGGAACAGGAGAUCGACAUUGUGCCGCUCAUCUCAGAAUUCACACUCAAUUCUAUUUGUGAAACAUCCAUGGGAACCAAAUUAUCAGAUGAAACGUCAUCAGCUGCUCUCUCUUAUAAAAACGCAAUAUAUGAAUUAGGAAAAAAGUUUGUGGAUAGAUUUACGAAGGUUCACUACAAUAUAGACUUUAUAUUUGCUUUAUCAUCGAUCGGGAGACAACAAAAAAGAUAUUUAGAAAUUGUGCACGACUUCACGAAGAGGGUUAUAAAAGAUCGUAAAGAAUACAUAGAAACAUUUGGAAUCGAUAUUGAUGAAAUGAACGUUAGCGAUGAAGACAUAUUUUUCAAGAGUAAGAGGAAAACAGCCAUGUUGGAUUUAUUGAUAUCUGCUCAAAAUAAAGGAUUGAUAGAUGAUAAUGGUGUUCAAGAAGAGGUUGAUACAUUUAUGUUUGAGGGACACGACACUACAGCAGCGGCACUAGCAUUUUGUUUGAUGUCUAUCGCUAACGAUAAAGGAAUUCAAGAACGGCUUUUCUCAGAGUUGGAUGGAAUAUUUGGUGAUUCCUCGCAACCUGCCACAAUGGAUGACCUAUCAAGAAUGCAAUACCUCGAAUGUUGCAUCAAGGAAUCUCUGAGGUUGUAUCCUCCGGUACAUUUAAUGGGAAGAACGUUAGGAGAAACGGUUACAUUGAGUGAUUAUGUGGUUGAGAAAGGCACUUAUAUAUUAAUCCUCAUUUACGAUAUGCAUCGCCGGGAGGAUUUGUUCAAGGACGCACUGAAGUAUAAUCCUGACCGGUUCCUACCAGAGAACAGUAUUGGUCGACACCCCUUCUCCUUUAUACCAUUCAGUGCUGGUCCCAGAAAUUGCAUAGGUCAAAAGUUCGCAAUGUUAGAGAUGAAGUCCUCACUAUCAGCAAUCCUAAGGCGGUAUCGACUAGAGCCAGUUACCGGCCACGGCGAUAUUGAAAUUACAGCAGACGUCGUUUUGAGGACUUCUCAUCCAAUCCUAGUGAAAUUUGUCAGAAGAGAAAAGUAGUUUUUUUAGGUGAAUAAGGAAAAGAGUAUUGAAAUGUAGGGUACAUUUAUUGCACAUACAUAUAUGUAUUAGUAUUGUUAGGUAUUUGAUAUUUUUACCUUAAGUAAACAAAUCAAAACUAAGUGAACUUUUUAUUAAACAAUAAAUAAAUUGUAUUAUAACUCAGUUGGGAAGUGGUUUUUAAUUAAAUUACUAUUUUAGAAAGUGAUAGCAGUUUUUGUUAAACUUUCAAUUGUUUGGAAAUUAACAUGAGCAAUUGCGUAAGUAUGAUCAGUUGCUAAUUAAAUGUAAUAUCGUCAUCGUACCCAUAGCAGACACAGUAUUAACUAGUAUAACGGAUAAUAUUUGGGAUUCAUCAAGGUUUAAAAUAUAACCCUAGAUAUUAAGGUGUGCCUAGAUGUUUUCUCUAUAUGAAUUAUUGUUAUUCUAUUGUAAUUUUUCAUAAAAACAUUCAACAUGCCGUUAAGGAUCUUUUAGACCCUAUUAGAAUGUUAGGUUCCUGUUCCAUUUUUCGGAAUAAAAAGUAUGUCUUAAUCAAGUUCAUCAACUAUAUGAGAACCGAACAUCCAAAUCCGUUCAGCCUUUUUGCGUGAUGGAGUAACAAACAUACAAACUUUCACAU